UGCCCUUCCCACCUCCGAGCCAUGGGGAGCCAGGGUCUUGGUGGACCGCCCCGGGUCCGGGCUCCCUACACAGUUCUGCUGCUGCCACUGGGAACAAGCUGCCGAGACCCAGGGGCCCGGAGCUUUUUCCUCUGGCUGCAGAGGAUGCAGGCUCUGGAGAGGGAGCAGGAUGCCCUGUGGCAGGGGCUGGAGCUGCUGGAGCAUGGCCAGGCCUGGUUUGAGGGCCGUCUGAGGGAGGCCCAGCACCAACAGCUGCAUCUAGGGGCCCUCGGUGAGAAUUUUCUAACAGAUUUACACUCAGAGCCUCGUGGCCCCCAGUUAGCCCAGAUUCAAAAGGUGAACAUGUGUUUGCAGAAUCUGAUUCAGGAGAAGGUGAGUUUAUUGUUUUUCCAAACCCUGCCCCCUCCCCUGCCCUCCCCAUAUCCCCUAAAUAAGGCUAGUUCCUGUGCUGCCCAGGACUGGAAGGGAAGGCCAAGGAAGCAGAACUUACAGCAGCAACAGGAGUUGCUGAGGCAGAAGGGAGGCAUUCGGCCAAAAGGAGAGACCCCUCAGCUGGGCUGUCCCAAGAUGCAGAAGGGCCCAACCCGUGUGUAAAGCCUUCUCUGGGUUUCCUCAUUUGGUGAGGGGGAAGGCUGUGUCAGAACC